GGCUCGGAAGGGCAAAGCCAUUAGCCCAUUACAUAAAGUAUUGUAUGUAAUACGUAUUACCUCUCUUUCCCUCCAAAAUAACUUGUGCAAUUAAUGAAUUAUUCACUCCUAAUUCACGGACAUUCUCAUCAGAAAUGGGUUUGCUUAAAUCAAUGGAGGACGAAUAUCCUCUGAUUGAUUCCAUCUUCCAGGAGUUUUGUGGGUCCCGUGGCAUUUUUACUGUGGAAGAUUUCUUAAUUCAUGAUCUCAAUGCUUUGAUUUCCUUUGCUGAAAAGCAACCAUAUUCAGAGAGAUUGAUACAGGGAAUUGAUCAACUUCUUUCGGUUGUCAAUGGUCUUCAUAAACCAUGGUUGAAUGGCGUGGAGUUAUUGAAAGAUGCUCAGCAAAAUAAGCAUACGUUCGCUGUUGCUUUUGAGGAGGAUGAUCCUAUUCUUUAUGGGGCCUUUAGAGAAGGUUUUAUUACAGAACUAGUUGGACAGUCAUGCUCGGGUAAAACACAGGUUUGUCUCCUAGCUGCUGCAAGUGUUGCAAAGGGUUAUGCAGGUUGUGUUGUAUUUAUAGACUCUGGGAACUCCUUUUCUGCUCAACGGAUUGCACAUUUUGUAAACCAAGAUUCUUCUUUUGCUCCAAAACAGGGAAAUAUUGAAGCUCUUGAUGUUAUAAUGAUGAAAAUAUUGUGCUAUUCAGCAUUUGAUAUCUUCUCAUUGUUUGAUGUGCUACAUCAACUAGAAAUGAAAUUGAAAAAUCAGAUUUGUUCUGUUCGGUUGCUCAUCGUAGACUCUUUUUCAUCUCUCAUCAUCCCCCUUCUUGGAGGCAAUGGUCCUUACAGUCAUGCUUUAAUGAUUUCGGCUGCAAGUUUACUAAAGAAGAUUGCGCAUGAAUACCACGUCUGUGUUCUGGUGACAAAUCACAUGGUGGCCGGAGAAGGUGGUACAUCGAAACCGGCUCUUGGAGAAAGUUGGAAAAGCAUCCCUCAUGUGAGGCUUCUCCUCUCUCGUGAUCGAGAGAGCAAUACAAUUUCUGUUAUCAGACACCCAUCCAUGGCUGCUGGUACUCAAGUGAAGUUCAGGAUUUCUAACAGUUAACAUAGAUAUUUUUAUCUUUAGAAUUCCAAGGCCACAACGUCUUAUGAAGUUGCCUACUCCAGUAGUCAUACGCGACAACUUUAUCACUUUGUAUAAAACAGUGAGAUUCUCGACAUGUUCUCCUUGUCUUUAGCUUGUUACUGUAAAUCACAAAGGAGCACCGAUUUAGUCUGUCUUGACAGAGUAGUAUUCCAAGUGAAAUUGUCCAGGAGACCUCAAAGCAACAACAGGCAUAGCCGCACAGGCCCUGUCCCUGCCCCUCAGAUUUAUCCUUUUCGAUAAUGCAUUUUGGUACAUAAGGGAUGUAAGGGCGCUGAAUGCAACAUUUUAUUACUUCAAUGUUGAAACAAAGGAUACAUUGACGGUUACGUUGAGAAUGGUUCUCCCUUCUCAAAAUUUGUUGUACACAGUAGUUUAUUGUGCUCAACUAUAAAAUAAAUGGUUUAUAAAGUAACAUUGCUUAAUACUUAUGAUAUUAAUACCGUUAUACCGAUAAUCCAUCCAUAAUGGAAAGAAAAGAAAUCUAUACCUUUUGAGUUUUAGGAGCAAUUUGGUGUUGAUAAUAAUGUAUUAAUAGUAUAAUAUAUAUAACAAUAAACUGAAUACUUUUGAGUAGAUUUACGAUUGAUCGAUUAUAUUUUUAUUCAUUCACAAAAGGGGUUAUAGCAAGUCUUACACCGACAAGCACUACAAUCCAUCAUCAAUUAAGAAUUUAUUCAUAAGUUACUAUUCAUAUACGUAUUCUUUUAUUGUUCAUUCAUAUAUCUGUUCACCGAUUAUUUAAUCCAACAAUUGCAAUUCUUAUUUCUCUUCACAUAAAACAUUUGUCUCAUGUAUAUAUAUUUUUUAAGUCUCAUCUUAUUUUUAUAUAUUGGCAUUUGGCAUGUAACUGAUCAAUAUUUUUCAGGUUAGAUUCUCACCGGCCGGGUAUAUGAUGAGUUGAAUUCUCCAUUGUUUUAUCUCUUUGCCAUGGAAUAACCUUAACCUUCCUCUAUAUCUUUUCUCCAUUCUUUCCGAAUUACACGCCGCUUGUUCCGAACAUGAUGAAUUACAUGGAUGAACAAACAUUGAGACUGCAAUAAUAUUGAACCUUGGAU